UUUUGAAUUUUUAAACUAUUUAUCUCAUUUAUGAAUUGAUACAAACAAUACACCUCAUUUAUGAAUUUUUCCCUUGACCCAAGGGUGGACCCAUGAAGGUCCCAUUGAGCCCUUCAUUUUUUACAUUUAUAAAGUAGUCCACAUAAUUUUUAGUAAUAAUUUUAACCCAUAAUUUUUACAUAAUUCUGUCUUGUUCCCACCGAAUUAUAUUCUUGAGUCCACCCUUGAUUUGACAGGUAUUUUUGUGUCAUCCCUAAUCAAAUGACAAUUUAUGGGAAAUAAAAACUGAAAACGUCUCAGUGCACAGAAAGUAGUGCGCUGAAAUAAUAACAAAGGUUCUACAACUCGGAGAAUUUGCAUUUUUCCAUAAAAAAGAAGCAAUGCAGAAAUCAAGAACCGCUGGAUAAAUUCUUGGAGAUGAUGAACAUUCAAUGAGGUAACAGGGUGCAUUUUUAACAUCCCUUAUCAUAACGCACAUACCGAGGUAUAUGCCUAAUGUAAGAAAUGGUACAACUCCCUAAGAAUGCCUUUCUAUUCAUCUCACAACUCCCUUUAUAAACCAGUUAGUGCUCAACUCUCUACUCAGGUCACCAACCAAUUCUCAUCUAAUUAUCCAGCUCAGUGCUUGAUUACACAGCUAAAUUAAGAAUGCCGACCACCGUGGAGGAUGUCACUGCAAAGGCUGAGAUGUUGGAGAUAGAACCCAAGAGUGGGGUUGAUUUGAAGCCAACCGUAGUCGACCAUAAGGACAAUGAGGCCGAACCCAAGAUUGAACUCAAUGGGGAUGGUUCUGUGGAAAAGAAAGGAGAAGAGAACAAGAAAAACAAGGCUAAGGUGGAUGAAGUGCCAGUGCCUGAUGAAGUUGAAACCAAAACUGGGAUUUCUUUUCCAGGUAAGUUGGAUGAUGGGAAGCUGCUGAAAGCUGUUGGUUUGAGAAAGAAGAGCAUGCUUGGCAUGGGCAUCAAAAUUUACGCCUUUGGGAUAUAUGCAGACAAUGAGAAACUGAGAGAACUUGAAACAACAGAAGUUGGGAAAGCACCGUCCAAACCAACAAAGGAAAUGUAUCUGAUGGUGGUUGACAGUAAUGUAGGAAUGAUGGUACAAUUGGUUAUUGUUUACUCCGGCCUCACCAUGAACAUGGUAAGGAAGAACUUUGACGAAGGCCUUGGAGCAGCCAUCAAAAAGCUCACUGGUGGAAAAAAUGAAGAACUCACCAAAAAGAUAAUGGGUGAAGCAUCAGACGAGAUAAAGCUCACGCCGGGUUCGACUAUUGAGAUAUCUAGGCUUCCGGGAUACACUCUCCAAACAAAAGGUAAAGAGAUCGUAAAUUUUCAUCAGCUGAUUAAAAAGUAUGAACCUUCAAACAUCUAUAUUAUGGAAAAUGCAGUUAUGGGUGACAUUGUGAGCACAGUUGAAAGCGAACUACUCUGCAGGGCUUACAUUUACAUGUAUUUGGGGGAAGAUCCCUUCGACAAAGAAGCCAAGGAAAAGUUUGGGACAUCCCUUUUUUCUCUUUUCUAAGGACUUAUCUAGGUGAAUAAGACACAAGUUUACUCUGUAGCACCUAAUAAUUGAUGAAUAAGAAAAGUGAUAAUGAGAAAGAUGUUCUGGAAAAUCCUAGUAAUACAAGGUUUCAGUGCUUUGAAAGUA